UGAAGCGGUUCAGUGCUGGAGAUUUACAGACUUUAAUCUCCCUGCUUUGCGCUCAGUAUUCAUGUUGGUUUGUUUGGUAAAAGAAUAGUUCAAUCAAAUAUAGAGGUAGUAUCAUCAUUUACUUGUUUCAAAUCUGUACCACUUCCGAAACACACGCGGAGAUGCGGGAUGACAGCCGCGGUCACCAUUCACUUUAACGAACACUUCAUGAUGAGUUAUGCUGAAAAGCCAGAGGACGUGACAAGAGAGGAGUGGAUGGAAAAGCUAAAUAAUGUUCAUAUUCAGCGGGCAGACAUGAAUCGGCUCAUUAUGAAUUAUCUGGUGACAGAGGGGUUUAAAGAAGCAGCUGAGAAGUUCAGGAUGGAAUCAGGCAUUGAACCAAGUGUUGAUCUGGACUCUCUGGAUGAAAGGAUAAAAAUUAGGGAGAUGGUGCUGAAGGGACAAAUUCAAGAGGCCAUUGCACUGAUCAACAGUCUGCAUCCUGAGCUGCUGGACACUAACCGAUAUCUGUACUUUCAUCUUCAGCAACAACACCUGAUAGAGUUGAUUCGCCUGCGGGAAACGGAGGCUGCAUUGGAGUUUGCACAGACACAGUUAGCUGAACAGGGAGAGGAAAGCCGAGAGUGUCUGACAGAGAUGGAGCGCACCCUCGCACUCCUGGCGUUUGAUAACCCAGAAGAGUCACCCUUCGGUGACCUGCUGAACAUGAUGCAGAGACAGAAGGUGUGGAGCGAGGUAAACCAGGCGGUGCUGGACUAUGAAAACAGGGAGUCCACACCGAAACUUGCCAAACUCCUCAAACUGUUGCUGUGGGCUCAGAACGAGUUGGACCAGAAGAAAGUCAAGUACCCUAAAAUGACAGAUCUUAGCAAAGGCACCAUCGAGGACCCCAAGUGAAAACGAACCGGCAUCUCUUCUGUGGGGAACAAAAUGGACGCUUUCCCUUUCCUUAACUAUUUAUACUCCGUGACUGACACUCAAACAUCCUUUUAUCAACCUUUUGUUUGUUUACUUGUUGCUUAUCAGAGACUUUGCUUUAAAUGGGCUGGGGAAUUGAGAUUAAGAUUUAAGGGGGACUCCUAGCCAAAAUGGAAACACUUUUUUUUAUCACAGAUGGAUUUCUGUGAUUUUUGUUACCACAAUGUUUGACUUGCUGAGCUGAAUUGAUUGCAUUUUAGCCAUUUUGUUUUUGCAGAGGAUUAUUAUCUAUUUUGUCAGUAAAUGUUGAGAAAGUCUACAAAUAUAAGUUGAGGACUGAACCACACUAUCUAGAUUUAACUUUAAGUAUUUGACUGUGUCAUCUGAUGUGAGGUACCUACGGUGCAACAGUAGUGUUUCAUCAAGGACAGUGGAUUUGAUUGUACCAAUGCGGAGAACGAGUUCUGUGUGCUUUCACAACUUUUAUUUGCAGUGCACAGGUAUACAUUUUGUAUGCGUGUUAAAGGGUUCUGUCAAAGAAAAUCUGCCCUUUUCGAGUACUAAUGUUAUUGCAUUAUAAUGUUAUAAAGUCAUGUGACAUUGUUUUCUACUGUA